UCGCGCAAACAUGUGAAAUGGCGAAGGAAAUAUCAUCAGUAACGGAUCCUAGAGCUAUGAUCACGGAAGGAUGCAGGCUACCUGUAAAAAUGUACAACUGCGAUGAAUGGCCACUGGCAGAGAUACUAAACAUCAAGAGAGACACUGAAGAUGGCAUUGCGUCAUUCUACGUCCAUUAUGUUGCUUAUAAUAAGCGGUUGGAUGAGUGGGUGGCAGAUGCUCGACUCGAUUAUGACAAGAUGCAAAUGCCUAGUGCUGUUAAAGCUAGAGAAAAAGGAGCUGAUGCCAAGAGCCUUAAUGGUUCUAGACCGCCAUCUCCUGAAAUGAAACCAGCGACACCACGGCCUCCGGCGCCACCACGAAUCGAGAAAGUGCCAAUAGUUGAGAAAAUAAAAACUGAGAUUAAAGUUGAGAAUGGAGCACCACCAGUAGGUCCAAAGCAACAGCCAAAGAAGAAGAAAUUGAAGGCUGAGGGUGGCAUAGCUGUGGAUGUCAUAGUAUCUCAAGAUUCUCAGGAGUCCAACCAGCCGCCGACGCCGCGACAGACUGGCAGCAUGAGCACCCACCACCCUGACGACGUCGUCACUCGCAUGAAGAACAUCACCAUGAUCGAGCUGGGAAAGUACAGGUUGAAGCCGUGGUACUUCUCCCCAUAUCCCCAGGAGAUGACAAACAUACCUGUUGUUUACCUGUGUGAGUUUUGUCUGAAGUACGUAAAAAGUUCCAAGUGCCUAGAGCGACAUCUGGUGAAAUGUCCACUGAAACACCCACCAGGAAAUGAAAUCUACAGAAAACAAUCGAUAUCAUUUUUUGAGGUCGACGGCCGGAAAAACAAGAUAUACUCGCAGAACUUGUGUCUGUUGGCGAAGCUAUUUCUGGACCACAAGACGCUCUAUUAUGACACUGACCCAUUUCUCUUCUAUGUCAUGACCGAAUGUGAUGAUCGAGGGUUUCAUGUAGUUGGCUAUUUCUCUAAGGAGAAAGAAUCUACGGAAGACUACAAUGUUGCGUGUAUUUUGACUCUUCCUCCCUUCCAGCGAAAAGGAUUUGGCAGACUUCUUAUAGAAUUUAGUUACGAACUUUCUAAAUUCGAAGGCAAAACGGGUUCCCCUGAGAAGCCACUCUCUGACCUUGGGCUGUUGUCCUACAGGAGCUACUGGUCACACACAAUCCUAGAGAUCUUAGUCGAUAUGAAGCCGAGCGAGAAUGGAGAGAGACCACAGAUUACGAUUAACGAGAUAUCUGAGCUGACUUCCAUUAAAAAAGAGGACGUGAUCUCAACGCUGCAAUACCUAAACCUGAUCAACUACUACAAGGGCCAGUAUGUGAUUGUACUCACAAAGGAGGUGCUCGAAAGUCACAUGCGAGCCAUGCAGAAACGUAAGCUGCGCAUAGACCCAAAGUGCCUACACUGGACAGCAAAGGACUGGUCCAAGCGUGGCAAGUGGUGAUCAAUGACUGAUCUGGCACACAAAGGGGAAUUUUGCAUUACACAUUUACAUGUCAUGCGUCAUAUUUAUCUCAGUGGUGUGACCGUGUGUGACAGUCACUGUCCUCUAAAUCAGAUCCGACAGUUAUUGUUGACAAUUUUAUGACUGUAAAAAUGUUAGCAUGCAUAUUUAUUACCAAUUCAUCGUGAAUUACCAAUACGUCACGAGUUGAUAUCCUGACUGUAGUAUGGUGUACAAAAUUCUGCUUAAGUUUUGUGCUGAACCUUUCUUUAUAGGAAGAAAUCUGUGAAAUUGUCCUGUGAACAUAUACAUACAUGCGAACAAACCCCAGAUCAUUGCACGUGAUUGUAUUAUAAACCAGCCGGUGUAAAUAUUGUUGACAUUUGUAAAGAAUAAAACAAAAGACGUGGAAAAAUAUUCGUUUAAA